UUCUAAUAUUUCUUCCGGAAGAAAUAGUAUUUCCUGAAAGACGGAAUAUAAAAACAGGAGAACAACCCGCUGUCACAACACAGGAACAGCUCCGUCCUUGUUAAUUUUUGUGGUUUUGUUGGACCACAAGGCUAUCCGGCCUCUCCAUGCUGCUGUGCCGGAUAUCACUAGUCAGCCAGACGCUGCCGAGAUGGGGACGGAGGUCACAGCGGGGAGGCGGCCUCCUCCUCCGGGCUGUCUCCUUCAGCUCCAGUCGCUGUCACGGAGUCAGUUCAGGAGAAGGUUCCGCUCAGCCCGCAGAGUCCGGGUCUGGACAGGGACAGUACCGAGACACGGUGCUUCUGCCCAAGACGGAUUUCCCAAUGAAACUGACCGGACAGAAGCUGCUUGACAAAGAACUCGAGAUCCAGCAGGACUGUAAGUUUGCAGAUUUGUACUCCUGGCAGAGAGAGAGGAAGGCUAAGAAAGAAUUCUGCCUUCAUGAUGGACCACCAUAUGCCAAUGGAGACCCUCAUGUGGGGCAUGCACUCAAUAAGAUCCUAAAAGAUAUCCGCAACCGUUUUGAGAUGCUGAGGGGGAGGCAGGUCCAUUAUGUGCCCGGUUGGGACUGCCAUGGCCUGCCCAUUGAGCUGAAGGCUCUGGGAGAACUGGGCACCAGCGGCCUCAGUCCUCUUCAGAUCAGACAGAAAGCACGGGAGUUUGCAGAGGGGGCUAUUGCUCGCCAGAUGGCUGCUUUCCAGCGCUGGGGGGUGAUGGCUGACUGGGACCAGUGUUACUACACAUUUGAUGGAGCCUAUGAGGCUGCACAGCUUAAAGUCUUCCAAGAGAUGCACAGCAAGGGUCUCAUAUACCAGGACUACAAACCAGUGUUCUGGUCUCCUUCCUCAAGAACGGCCCUAGCAGAGGCAGAGUUGGAGUACAAUGCUGAGCAUGUGAGCAGAGCCAUCUAUACCACAUUCCCUCUGGCCACAUUGCCUCCGAACAUCACCAAAGAAGCAGCAGGUCUGGACAGCGUCUCUGUGUUGGUGUGGACCACCCAGCCUUGGACCAUUCCUGCUAAUCAGGCCAUCUGCUACAUGCCUAAUGCCCAGUACUCUGUAGUGAAGCGGUUAGAUAAUUCUGAACUGCUCCUGGUGGCUACUGAACGUACCGCCAACAUGGCAGCACUUCUGGGAACAGAGCUAGAAGUUGUCAGCACCUUCACAGGUUCUCAGCUUGAAGGCGGGAUCUGCAAACAUCCCACAAUUCCUUCCAAGGAAGUACCGCUGCUGCCUGCCAAUCAUGUGACUAUGGCAAAAGGAACAGGAUUGGUCCACACAGCACCAGCUCACGGCAUGGAGGAUUAUAGUGUAGCUUCACAGUUUAAACUGUCUGUGGACUGUAUUGUGAAUGAGGAUGGCAAGUUCACUGAACUGGCAGGCCCUGAGUUACACAAUCUGUCUGUGAUGAAUGAAGGCACCGAUAGAGUGAUUUCCAUGCUGAAGGAGUGUGGAUCUCUGGUGAAGGAGGAACGGUGUGUGCACAGCUACCCAUACGACUGGAGGACCAAGCAGCCCGUCGUCAUCAGACCCAGCAAACAGUGGUUCAUCAACACGGCAUCACUCAAAGACAAGGCCAAGGAGGCACUGCAGAAGGUGCGUGUUUUACCUGAGUCAGCCCGCAGCAGCCUGUUGGCUAUGCUGGACAGACGGACAUACUGGUGCAUAUCCAGACAGAGAAGCUGGGGCGUCCCGAUCCCAGUCUUCUACCACAGAGAGACGGGAGAGGCUCUCAUCAACAAACACACCGUCUCCCAUGUAGCUCAGCUCUUCAAAGAAAAGGGCAGUGACUGUUGGUGGGAGCUUCCCAUUGAGACGUUGCUGCCAGCUGCUGUCCUCAAGAAGAGUAAAGCGGGUCCAGUGGGAGACUACAUUCGUGGAGAGGAUGUGCUGGACAUCUGGUUUGAUAGUGGAGCAUCAUGGGCUGCAGUACUAGAAGAGGAGACUGAAGGAGACUCUGAGGAGCCAGAGUCACGUCUCAGCUGGCUCCCUGCUUCGCUCCGCAAACCUUUGACCACAGAGUCGGACUCCAGGGCAGAUGCAUAUGUGGAGGGGAAGGACCAGAUCGGAGGCUGGUUUCAGUCUUCGCUGCUCACUAGUGUGGCCGUCAGGAACAAGGCACCUUACAAGUCUCUGGUGGUCCAUGGGUUUGCAGUCAGUGAAAAGGGAGAGAAGAUGUCAAAAUCUCUGGGCAACGUGGUGGAUCCUGAUGUAGUCAUUAAUGGAGGGAAGGACCCCAGUACUCCAGCGUUUGGGGCUGAUGUGUUGCGUUGGUGGGUGGCGGAGUCCAAUGUGUUCUCUGAGGUUCAGAUCGGGCCCAAUGCACUCAACUCGGCCAGAGACAGCAUCAGCAAACUCAGAAGGACUCUAAAGUUCCUGCUUGGCAACGUGCACAGCUUCGACCCACGCUCUCAGGCCGUGGACCCAAAAGAGAUGCACUACAUCGACCAGUACAUGUUGCACCUGCUCCGCGAGUUCAGCAUCAAGGUGACCGACGCCUACAGUGAAUUUGACCCAGGCCGGGUUAUCCGUGUCCUGCAGGCCUUCAUCAGCAGAGACCUCUCCAGCUUUUACUUCAGCAUCAUCAAAGACAGGCUGUACUGUGACCCAGAGGACUCUUUGGGUAGGAGAUCAUGUCAGACCGUCUUGGAGGAGAUCCUAGAUGGAGUGACCAGGUCCAUAGCUCCCAUCCUGCCACAUCUAGCUGAAGAAGUCUAUCUGCACGCGCCGGGCCACGAUGAGGGGGAGACGUUGUUCAGGAGCGGCUGGAUUAAAAGCAGUUCAGUGUGGCGGCGGCCGGGAUUGGAGGAGGCUGUGGAAGGGGCAUGCGCCAUCCGGGAUUCCUUCUUAUCGUCCAUCCCAGGCAAAAACUCAGCUCAGUAUGAUCUCACUAUUGCCAUUGAACCAGGACUGCUGUUUGAGCUCAUGGAGUCUCUCCAGGAGGAGCCCACCUCCACCUCCUCUCAGCUAUGUGAGCUGAUGAUGUCAUCACGGGUCAAACUAUGCAGUGAGUUGCCCCGCGACCUGCCCUCAGAUGCCCUGCUGAAACACGGCACCUUCCUCAUCAACCUGGAGGGUGGAGUUAUCCGGGAGGACAGCGCCUACAGUAUAGCAGUGGUCCCCACCUCCGCUGCCCGAUGCCCGCGGUGUCGCCGCUUCACUGCAGAGUCCACAGACUGCCUGUGCCCACGCUGCCAGACUAUCGUUUCACAGUCUCAGUGACAUGUCGCCUCUUGGUCACCAUGACAACCUGGAGAUACUGACUGCUUGCUUUGGGUGAAGUUGUACUCUAUGGCAGAAUAGGAAACCACUGAAAACAGUCAGUCCACUUUUGGCUACUGCCAAAGAAGAGAACCUGCAGCUCUGCUUUAGGAGUUCAAAGUCAGAGAGCAGAUGGUCCUCAUCUAAAAACACUCGUACAAUGUCCUCAAAAACAGGUGUGGACUGUCACCGAACUGUAAAAUCAGCCCUGGUCGACUGUGGAUGGACACGCUGGUUAUACAUUUGAUUUACCUGAUGCAGAACGAACAAAAUGGUUUGAAAUAUACGUUUAGUUGGAGAAUUUGAAAAUAUUUAAUCAAAUUUCAAUCUAGAAGGGAUGGUUGUUUUUUAAGUGUUUAAAUGUAUGGAAAGGCGUUCAUUACAAUGUCACUAUGUGACAACAGUGGAACAUUAAAACUGUAUGAAAGGUAAGCAAAGAUUACAUGAUGAGUUCUUGGAAAUGCCUGCUUGUGUCAAACAAACCCUGUUCCUUGUAACUCAAAAUGUAACGCAUAUGGAAGACAAGUGUCUGAAACAUAAAUAGAGUUUCAUCUGGGCA